AUGAGAAACAGAACAUUGGAUCUGGUGAAGCGGCGUCAUCCAGCCGGUCAAAUUGAAUUGAAACCCAAAACUACCACUAAGGCUCCGUUGCCCUGGACCGUUAGGCUCAUGGCCAGGGUCACAAAGAGCGCAAGUGAGGACGAUGAAGUUGAGGGAUUAGCAAAGCAAAUAAGUGGUAACAGAAAUUCAGAAACACCUACCACUAAGGCUCCGUUGCCCUGGACCGUUAGGCUCAUGGCCAGGGUCACAAAGAGCGCAACAUUUCAGAAGUUCAGGAAAGAUUUGCCCAGUUCUGGUGAUUUUAGUCGCAUGAUGUGUAAGCGCCGGUUGGAACCAAAAAAAUGUCCGGCUACCUGA